UGUACAGUACUCGAGUUGUAUUUGAGCGUGCUUCGUGAGCGCUUCACUUCGUUAAUUUGAUUAGCGCCAAAACAUCGCGAGUUCCAUUUUCAAAUUUCAUUUUUUUUACAAAAAAAUAUAUUAUAUUAGCACUGUGUCUUAAAAACUAUGAACUUUUAUCGAAUGUGAUUUAUUGAGUGGAUUAUUUUUAAUUUAUGAUGAAGUUUUUUAUUUUUUUAUUACUGGCAUGUUACGCAGUUUGGUGCGAUGAUUCCAGCAACUACUACAUCGUUGAGCGGCCGGCUGACGAUCCCCCGGUGAAAGCCUCCAAAGCCUUCAACGUCUACUGGAACGUCCCCACCAUGCAGUGCAAAUCCAAGGGGAUAUUGUUCAGCAACCUAUACGAGAAGUACGGCAUCGUACAGAACCAGGAUGAUCAAUUCCGUGGGGAAAAGAUAACUAUAUUGUACGAGCCGGGACUGUUCCCAGCGAUCUUCAAGAAUGAGAGUAGCGGGAAGUACAGGUUCAGGAACGGAGGAGUGCCUCAGGAGGGAGACAUACAGGAGCAUCUGACGGUGUUCAGAAAGGACAUGGAGGAGGGCAUCCCGAACGUCAAUUUUGAUGGUAUCGGUAUUAUUGAUUUCGAAUCAUGGCGACCGAGCUUCCGGCAGAAUUUUGGAACUCUAGUUCCCUACAAAGACGUGUCCUAUGAAAUAGAGAGUAAACUACACCCAUGGUGGCCCAAAGCCUGGGUAGAGUCUGAGGCUAAGAGACGGUUUGAAGAAGCAGCUCGGAAGUUCAUGCAAACAACGAUAUCAGUGGCCAAGCAGAUGCGUCCGAAGGCCAAAUGGGGUUACUACGGCUUUCCGCACUGUUUCAACAUGGCACAAAGCAACAUGGCCGAGGAUUGCUCCAGUGAAGUUCGCAAGGAGAAUGACCAAACAUAUUGGCUAUGGAGUGAAAGCUCGGCCCUAUAUCCGUCGGUUUACCGAUCACACGAUCUGACGUCAUCACAGCUAGCUGCGAUGGUGAGAGGGAGAGUUAAAGAAGCGGCCAGAGUCAGGCGAAGCAAGACUGUCAUACUACCCUACUUCUGGUUCAGAUACCGAGACGGAGGAUUCCUUACUGAGGCUGACCUUUCGGCAGCGAUCAACACUAUGUAUAAAUCAGACGCGUCGGGAUUCAUCAUUUGGGGCAGUUCCAAUGAUGUAAAUACUGUGCAAAAAUGUGAAAAACUCCUAAAGUAUGUCGAGAACACUUUUGGUCCGGCUAUCGCUUCUUACACAAAAAAAUCAAAUAAACAAGAUGAUGAAUAUGAAGAUACUCCAGAAGAGACAUAUAACACUGAGAGUGAUGAUUAUACAACAGAAACUAUGAAUAAAGUUACAACUUUAAAAGUUAACACAAGUUAUAUCAACAAUAACGCACCUACUUACUAUGAGUUAAAAGAUAAAAUUGAUCCUGAAAUGGUAUGGAAUACAACAGUCAAGGAUCCACAAGAAUCACCGAGUAAUUUUAACGAACAAAUAAUUGAAAAUGAAAAUAGUGUAAACUCAAACACAUUAGACCUUCAUAAUUACAAUGCCAGUAUUAUGUAUGACAUAUUGAUGGGAACCUUUAAUAUAUUUAAGCAAGAAUCAAUCAAUAAUGUAUCUAAAAGUUACGUAAAUACACCAAAACAAAACAAGAAUUCGAAUCCUAAGAAAUUUCUUAAGAAUGAACAUUUAAUGGUCGAUAGUGAUAUUAAAAUAAAUAACGUCAUUAAUGUAAACACUACCAAUUAUGAUGAGGAACAAGAUUAUAACAAUGAAUAUACCACACCUAGGAAUGUAAGCUCAGAAGUUACUGAAAAUUUUUCUAGUGAUACUACACCUACGACCAUCAGUAUUAACUCUUACACGAGUAUUGAAUCAUUAGAAAAUAAUUCUACACUAAGUUAUAGUGAAACCUUUAAAGACUUUACAUCUGUAGAUCCUUCAGCUGAGGAUAUUUUGGCAAUUGAUAGUAUGGAUCCGAAAGACGAGUACAUUAUAUUUAUUGAUAACGAAAAAUCGUAUAACGCUAAACAGGCUAGCACAGGAUCAACAGUUGAGGACGUUUUAUAUACCGGAACAGAGUCAAAUGCCAAAAGAUAUGUAGAUUUUACUACUGAAAAGCCGCUAGAUACCCGAUUCUUCGAGGAAAAAGAAACCUAUACGACAGAAGCCAUCUAAAACUUACGAGCUAUUAACUUUUUUUGCAUUAGUAAAAACUUUUGUUUUGAUUUGAGUCAACAACUAUUGUUUUGACUAAUGAAUAUUAAGAUUGUACUUACCACUUACUAUAACCAUCAUCACACAUUUAUUUAUUCACAUACUUCCACCAUUGAUCUUACUUAUCCUAUAUCAUUACGAUUCAGUGGCAUGCGAGAUACAAGAGAAAUCUCUUCUGAAACCAUUGUUAUUUUUAACUAUUUCAUUGUUAUUAAUUGUUAUACCAAAUAAGCAUUGAAUUUUAUGUUUUAGGCUAAGAUGACCAGAGUAACUUAUUGAACAAUAACUAAACUUCAAAUUUUUAUUUUUAAAAAUUAUACAAUAAUAGAUUAUUUACGGCAAAAGUAAUUUAAGGUGUUCAAUUAAGUCGCUUUGGUUCUCUACGCCAUGUUAACUGUGAUACGACUUCGAUUAAUUAUUGAAAACCACUUGUAAAUAUUGUAUUGUAAAUAUUUA